AUGUCUGGACGUGGCAAAGGAGGUAAAUCCAAGUCUGGAGGUAAAGCUAAGUCUCGUUCGUCGAGGGCUGGACUGCAGUUCCCCGUCGGUCGUAUUCACCGAAUGCUCCGCAAAGGUAAUUAUGCGGAACGUGUAGGUGCUGGCGCUCCUGUCUACCUUGCGGCUGUUUUGGAAUAUCUGGCUGCUGAAGUCCUUGAGUUGGCAGGCAAUGCUGCUCGAGAUAACAAAAAGACUAGAAUCAACCCACGACAUCUCCAGUUGGCAGUCAGAAACGACGAAGAGCUGAACAAACUUCUGCAAGGUGUGACCAUCUCGCAGGGUGGUGUUUUGCCAAACAUCCAGGCUGUUUUGCUACCUAAAAAGACUGCGGAGAAACCAUGA